CAGAUUUUCCCUUCCAAAAUGACUUUCCGAGCUCUGGUUUUGUGUCUGGCUUGUGCUGGGCUUGGAAAGGCAAAUGUUGUUCCUCAGGCUGAACACAGAAACGUGAAGAUGGGUGACAACGUGACUCUCGCCUGUGCCCUGACAGAACCCAAGGAUGUUCUGCAAGUGACAUGGCAGAAGGACUCUGAAAAAUCACAAAAUAACAUAGCUACGUACAGUACCAUAAAUGGAUUAAAGAUUCACGAGCCCUAUCAAGACCGAAUGAAUUUCACGAGUCUGGUACUCAAUGAGACAAGCAUCACUUUCUGGGAUGCCAGAAUGGAUGAUUCAGGGUGUUACACGUGUCUCUUCAAUACUUUCCCUCAUGGCUCCUUCUCAGGACGUACCUGCCUGAGUGUCUCUGGUCUCAAUGCAUCUGUCCAUUACAACACUUCCAAAGGUCAUUUGAUAGCCAUCUGUAAUGCUGUUGGCCUCCCAGAGCCCACCAUCACCUGGAACAACUUGUUCAAUUCUACUCCUACACAGAAGACAGUUAGGCACACCAAUGGAAUUGUGUCCAUCACCAGUAAACUGGAGAUCUACAACACUCAGAGCAUCAGUGCACAGGAUUUGUCCUGCAGAGUAAGCAACACAAAUGAAAAAAUGGAAUUGCCUGUGGAAAUGAAAGGAGAAGAGGGAUCCUCGUUGCUUUGGCUUGCAAUUACUGUGGGGAUUUUAAUUAUCAUAGCUCUGAUUCUGAUCACACUGUGCUGGAGGAAGAAGAUAUGCAGGAGAGGUUGA